CCAGCUUGGAAGCAGUUCUCCACGACAAGCGGACUUCAAAGAUUUCAAGUACCUGUACGCACUAGAAACACAGGAACAAUAUCAAACAUGGCCAGCGAGUGCAAGACUUUAGCUGGCGGAGACUUUGAUCGCACUGCCUUCGAAUCACUCCUGCGACGGAAAUGCUUCCUUUGGCAGUCCUUUGAGCCAUAUGGAGCCACCAAGGGUCUCUUCGACUAUGGCCCGCCACUGGAGACGAUCGAGGCAGAAUUUGUCAACAUCUGGAGAGACCAUUUCAUUCGUACCGAAAAGAUGAUGGCAUUGAAGUGCUCAAUGCUUACACCUUACAAGGUACUGGAGACCUCCGGCCACGUUGCCAAGUUCGCGGAUUACAUGUGCAAGGAUCCAAAAACUGGCGAGAUUCUGCGCUCAGACCAUCUGAUCAAGGAUGUCAUUGAGACGCGCUUGAAGGGCGACCGUGAAGCUCGUGGAGAGAAGAUUGAGGAAGACGCCGAAGCUGAGGCAAAGAAGAAAAAGAAGAACAAAAAUGUUGCCAAGACUGCUGUCAAACUUGACGAUGCUGUCGUGAAAGAGUAUGAGCACCUCCUCGCUACCCUCGACGACCAGACUGGGGAAGAUAUGGGCGCAUUGAUCAGAAAACAUGACAUACGUAAUCCAUCCUCCGGCAACCAGGUCGAAGAUCCAGUCUCCGUCAACUUGAUGUUCCAAACACAGAUCGGCGCUUCUGGCAAGGAACCAGCAUUCUUACGGCCAGAGACAGCCCAAGGUCAAUUUCUUUCUUUCCAAAAGCUCCUCGAAUACAGCGAUGGCCAACUGCCAUUCGCUUCCGCCUCGAUCGGCUACUCUUUCCGCAACGAAUUGUCCCCUCGAUCCGGUUUGCUGCGUGUGCGAGAAUUCUUGAUGGCAGAAGUCGAGCAUUUCGUUGAUCCGCUGAGCGGCAAGAAGCACCCCAAGUUCGAUUCAGUGCGAGAUGUCAAGCUGCCACUGCUUGCUCGUGACGUGCAGCAAGCUGGCGGCUCCACUUCCACAGUGAUGACUAUUGGCGAGGCCGUUGACAAGAAGGUGGUUGAUAACGAGACUCUUGGCUACUUCCUUGUCCGUAUCAUGCUUUUCAUGGAGAGAAUUGGUGUGGACAUGAAGAAGCUGCGUUUCAGACAACACAUGGCCAACGAAAUGGCCCACUACGCCGCCGACUGCUGGGAUUGCGAGCUGUUCAACUCCUACGGUUGGAUUGAAUGUGUUGGCUGCGCUGAUCGCAGUGCUUACGAUCUGAGCGUGCACGCAAAGGCCACUGGUGUCCCACUCGAAGUGCGCGAGAGAUUAGAUGAGCCAAAGAAGGUCGAGGAGUGGAUUGCACAGCUUGACAAGAAGAAGUCCGGCCCCAAAUUCAAGAAAGAUGCUGGUAAAGUGCAAGCUGCUCUCGACAGCCUCAGCCAAGAUUUGAAGGAGAAACUCAGCGUUAGCCUGCAGAAGGACGGAAAAGUCGAGGUUGAUGUGCCCGAUGUUGCGAACGGCAAGGUCGAGCUUGAGAGCGACAUCGUCAAGAUCGAGAAGGAGACACGGACGGAGACUAUGCGCACUUACACGCCAAACGUCAUCGAGCCCUCCUUCGGUAUUGGACGUAUACUGUACAGCUUGCUGGAGCACGUCUAUUGGACCAGAGACGGUGACGAAGCGAGAUCUGUGAUGUCAUUCAAGCCUUCAAUCGCACCUGUCAAGGUCCUGGUGGUUCCGCUUCAAAAGGACACCAAGUUCGCACCACUUUUGCGAGAGCUUGAGCAACGUCUUGAUGAUGCCGCGCUCUCUUUCAAGGUCGAUCAGUCUGGUGUCAGUAUCGGCAAGCGAUACUCUCGCAACGACGAACUCGGAAUCCCAUUCGGCAUCACUGUCGAUUACGAGAGUUUGGAGGGCAAAGGCUUCACACUUCGCGAUCGCGACUCGACGAAGCAAGUCCGCUCUAGCCUGGACGACAUCAUCGGCUCCAUCAGCCAGGUCGUCGCUGGGAAAGCUACUUGGGCAGACAUUCAGAAGAAGUUGCCGGCAUUUGAGAGCAAGGGUGCCGAUGAAUAGAUCACGCAUCUGGCACGAUCCUGGGAAAAUGCUAGAAGUUGUAUGACCGAGGGGACAUGUGAGUGACCGCCUUGCCUCCCAUGGAUAGGCCCGGUCAAGGUAUGCUCUAUGCCAGCAUAUAUAAAACCAUUCAGUAAAAUUCGAGC